AACCGGAGAGGAGAGCUGGAGCUUGCUGCAGAUCUGAUCCCUCUUCCUUCCCACUCUCUUCCCCUGCUACAGUGGCAGAGGCUGCCUCUCUUUCUCUGCACUCCUGUCUUCUCCAUCUAUGGAUAUAUAAAAAAUAUACAACAAAAAACAGCAUUUCCUUUGUACAUUUAAUUUCAUGUGCAACUGUAAUUUUUUUUCUGUUAAAGCACCAGACAUGCUGUUUGCUAUUUGGUAUGUAAGUGUGUGUAUACAUGUGUGAAGCGUGUGGGUGUGCGUUCUCCCCCUUGGUUUCUCCAUGGGCCCCGGAGCUGCUGGUUCUGAGUGUCUGAGGCAAGUUACUGUAUGCUGAGGAACAAGAGCUCUGAGCUGCUGAUGGCAGACAAAGAUGUUCUACUGGACCUGGAUUACACAGGCGAGUCGCACGUCCCUGACUACUACGGGAGCUUGCAGAACGGAGGAUUCAUUCCGCCCCGAUACCUGGCUGCCGCGGCUGAGGCUGAUGAUGAUGAGGAGGAUGAUGAGCCCAUCUACAUUCACUGCGACAAGGGGGGUCGUCAGCCUCCUCACCCCAGAGGGAACUACUUCAGAGAUGGGAAAACCAAAAUAGACUUCGUGCUGGUGUGGGAGGUGCGGUCCCGCCGAAAGCGGCGCUCCCGGCAGAGGGGGCGGGACGAGAGGGCCGGGCAGGUGGAGGGCGGGGCUGAGGAAGCGAGUCGGUCCGAGCGGCGGAAGGCUCUGCUGGCACUAUGGAGGGACAAGUUCACCCAUAACCUGCAGAGGGCCGGACUUCUCCUGGAAAAGGAGGAGACCGUGAGCGAGAAGAAAACCAUCCACUAUUUGAAACUCAGUGCCCCGUGGGAUGUGCUGGUUUACUAUGCUGAGGAGCUGUGUCUUAGAGCACCCCUACAGGCCCAGCCUAAUCCGGACUUCAACACUUCAGAUCAGGUCCUUCGGAAACUCUGCAUCCCGAACUUCAUGGCAGAGUCAGUCCCCAACAAGCCGGUGGACUACUACACCUGUGCCUUUCGCAAGUCCAAGAUGGAGAAGUUCCUGGGCUGUGAGAACCAUGAUACCUACUUCACUAACACACAGCGACAUCGCAUUGUGUACGAGAUUCUGGCGCGAACGCUGUACGGCAAGCGGAAGUGGGCGGAGGUGGGCGUGGAACGGCUGCUGAGGGAGGGCGCCUACACGGCGGCGUUCCCCCUCCACGAGGGCCCCUUUGAACUCCCGGGGUAUGAGAUCUCUCCGGAGGAGCUCAACCAGAGACAGAUUCUCUUCUACUACUGGGCCCGCUGGUCCAAGUGGUACAAGUACCAGCCGCUGGACCACAUCCGCGAAUACUUUGGAGAAAAGAUCGCCCUUUACUUUGCCUGGCUGGGCUUCUACACCGUCUGGCUCCUCCCAGCUGCUGUGGUGGGAACUGUGGUUUUUGUGUCCGGAAUCAUGACAAUGGCAAGCAACACUCCAGCGGAGGACAUUUGCAGCAGUGGGGACCACUACCUUAUGUGCCCACUCUGUGAAACCUGCAGCAACUGGAACAUCUCAGACAUCUGCCCCAUGGCAAAGAUGGGGUACCUGUUCGACCACCCAGGCACAGUCUUCUUCAGCGUCUUCAUGUCCUUCUGGGCCGUCACCUUCCUGGAGUACUGGAAACGGAAGAACGCCACGCUGGCUCACCACUGGGACUGCAUGGACUUCCAUGAGGAAGAGGAGCGUCCGCGGCCGGAGUUCGCAGCAAUGGCUCCGGCUAUGGAGGAGAACCCGGUGACGGGAGUGAAGGAGCCGUACUUCCCCAAAAAGGACCGGCUCACCCGCAUGCUGACCGGAUCUAUGGUCAUAGUUAUAAUGUUGUCUGUAGUGAUGAUCUUUCUGGUGACAGUCAUUGUGUACCGGGGUAUUGUGAGCAUCAUGAUGUACCACACCCAGAGCCUCAUGUUACACACUCAGGCGGGGAACAUAGCCAACAUCUCCAGCAGCAUGGUGAACCUGGCUCUGAUCCUGCUGAUGGGACAGGUCUACACCGCCCUGGCUGAGCAGCUCACCAAGUGGGAGAUGCACAGAACCCAGACGCAGUAUGAAGAUGCCUUCACCUUCAAGGUGUUUAUCUUCCAGUUUGUGAACUUCUACUCCUCCCCAUUCUAUGUGGCAUUCUUCAAAGGAAGGUUUGUGGGUUAUCCUGGUCACUAUGGCACCUUAUUUGGGAUGAGGAAUGAGGAUUGCGGACCGGGCGGCUGUCUGAUUGAACUGGCCGAGCAGCUUUUCAUCAUCAUGGUUGGGAAGCAGCUCAUCAACAACAUCCAGGAAUUCGUCAUCCCGAAGGUGAAGGCGUGGCGGCAGAAGAGGGCUCUGGCGGCUGUCAGGGGCACACAGAUCUCCCAGGAGCCUCGGCGCUGGGAGGAGGACUACGAGCUGAUCGAGUGCGAGGGGCUCUUUGAGGAGUACCUGGAGAUAGUCCUUCAGUUUGGCUUCAUCACCAUCUUUGUGGCUGCCUUCCCGCUGGCUCCACUCUUCGCCCUGCUCAACAACUGGGCCGAGGUUCGGCUGGACGCCCACAAGUUUGUGUGCGAGUACAGGCGCCCUGUGGCUGAGCGCGCCCAGAACAUCGGCGUCUGGUUCAACAUUCUGGAGGCUUUGUCCCACCUGUCCGUCAUUGCCAACGCUUUCCUGAUCGCCUUCACCUCUGACUUCCUGCCUCGGCUGCUGUACCAGUUCAAGUUUCAUAAGGACUUGACCGGCUAUGUCAACUUUACCCUGGCUUACUCCCCUUCAAACUACACUCAAGCCAACCACACCAUGUGCAGGUAUAAAGCCUUCCGAGAUAGUGAUGGGAACUACACCCUGUUUUACUGGGAGCUUCUUGCCGUCAGACUGGGCUUUAUUAUUGCUUUUGAGCACGUGGUGUUCUUCGUCCUGCGUGCGAUCGACUGGAUGGUGCCGGACGUGCCCGAGUCCUUGGAGCUGAAGGUCAAGCGGGAGCGCUACCUGGCCAAGCAGGCGCUGGCUGACAACCAGGAGGCCCUGUUGGUGAGUCGAGGGUCGGCAUCCAGCCCAGGAAGCGACGCGUCCCCUGUCGAAGUAAGCUGAGGCUGCAGUGAAGGGCUUGCUCCACCAGGGGGCACUUUGAUUGGGUGGUGUCUCUCCACCCAGGGUUUCCUCCUCAAAGGGGUUCCUCUCUGGCCACCUGGCUGAUUCCCUGUCAGUCAGCCUUUCAGACUGCAUGUGUGUUUCUGUGUGUUCACACUUUUUUUCUGGCAGACUUAAUCUAUAGAUUUGGUUACAAGGCCUUUUUCCAAAUAUUUUUCUUUCUUCUUUAUGGUUUUUGGUAAUCACCGCAUCGAACAACACUUGUGUUUCGUAUUUUCUUUGAUUCCUUCACCCUUUGUGCCAGACAUGAACAAAUCUAACUCAAAUGCGUUCAAGGUGUUUCAGUGUAGGUUUCAACCCGUUUGCAUUGAGCUUAACCAUAACACCUGCAUACAAGCUCUUCCCAUUGUCUGGCCUCUUGUAAUGUAUAUAUACAUAUGCAACUAUUUAGAUAUACAGUAUAUAUAAGAACGUAUAAAACGUGAC